UCAAGUACGUCUCAAAACGAAAGAAUUCACCCGCGUGGACGGUUUGCUUCAACGUUUUUAGUUGGACAUGUUUCAACCACCUCAAGUAUCCCCGUUUAACCUGCCCGAUCGUCCAUAAUGGCUGCAGAUCUCUACGACGCGCUUUAGCUUGUAUGCGGUGAUUUGUUUGCGUGUUGAAAAACACGCGUUGUUGUGUUUAUUCGGUGCAUUCUGCGGCUGAAACAACUGAUUUUUGCGAACAAAGGCCCUUGCUGCUUUUUUCUGGGGUGAGAUGGCGUCAGAAGACCGUGGAAGAGCAUCAGGACGACGACGAGGAGUGGGGCGGAUUAGCGGGGUUGCAGCAAUGCAAUCUGUAACCAACCUCACCUCACGCAUUAUCGUUCUGUCAUGAAGACACAAUGAGAUGGCAUUCAAAAGCAAAGCGGUCGACUCGAAGACCGUAUUCCUCAAUCUGCUGCUCUGCCUGCUCGCCUUCUACUCUCUGUUUUACAUGAUCGGCAGUGUUUGUUUCGGUGCCUUCAGGUUGGAUUAUUUCGACGGACGUAUCCCUUUCGACUUCAAAACCAAGCCGGAGGAUUCCGUCUCUAAAUACUUGGUCAACCUGCUGUCGUUGGAGCUCACUUACUUCUGCAGUGGCUUGGUGUUUGCCGCUGUGGUGAAGAGGAGAGUGUGGGACUAUGCUCUCACUGUCACUUGUCUUCACGUCGUCAUCACCAGCCUUGUAAUGCGGGAGUUUCCCCUGGCAUGGCAGUGGUGGGUGGCCUUAGGUGGCGGCUUAUUUUUGAUGAUCUGCAAUGGUCAGCUGAUUGCUUACUUUGCCUGUCAGGAUGACUAAAGCUAUGUUAUGUUACGUUCACCGUCUGUGAUAUAUCCGAAAGUUUCGCUUUGCUCAGUGGCGUUAACAACACUAUGGGAUCCCAUCGGUUCGACAGUACUGUGCAGAUGUCAUUGACUAACAACAGAUUGGUUGUUUCAGCAGUCCUGGCGACCAGUUCAGUGUAUGUACCCCGCCUCUCGCCCAAAGUCAGCUGGGAUAGGCUCCAGCUCACCUGUGACCUGAAUGAAGGCAAACACUAUUUUCAAAGAAAUAGUUAAUAUAAUUAGCAUCAUUUUUUGAAUGCACAAGCUAAUUUAUUGUUCAUGACAAACAUAUGGAUGGUAUUUGUAAUGUUGUGAGGGGUGGACCAUCCCUCUUUUGCCAUGUCAAGGAGAUGUUUCUGUAUUUUGUGAUGCACAUUGUACAGUAUUGGCUUCUGAACUUUGGAAAACUGUGAAUGUAACAACAGAAUGGGAAUGAUGCAAUGUGUACUUAUAUAUUUAGAAAGAAUUAAAUGUGUCAAAGCUAAAUCAUCUGACAUUUCAUUCUACUCCCGUAGAAGUAUUUGGACAAUUAGAAGAGGCUUUUGAUUUUUUACAUUUUUUAUUUUGUCUUCACACACCACCACAAUGUAAUCAAAAUAAAGCAAUUCAAAUAUGA